GUUCUAUCGGUCACAGCUGCCUGUGUUCCUGUUUCCCUGGCUUUCUGAUGAUGCUCCAAAAGUUGCUUACAGCAGAACGGAAAAAUUUCAUCUUAAACGUGCUACCUCCCAAAGGCUACUGGCUGUGUCCUAACCUUUAUUAAUUGGUCUUUAGAUAUCAUUCAGUAAUUAACGAGCCUUGAAAGAUAACCUGUGAAGUUCCUUCCCUAAAGCUGCACGCGAGUGAUUAGAUACAAUAUAAACGCAUUAAAAGACAUCGCCGCGAAAUAUAACAUGUUGGAUCUUAAUUGAAUAUUGCUGCAGGAGCUUAUGAAGAAAACAAGUAAAUGAGAGAACAGUGAAUAAAAACCACCAAAGACACUGAAUUGACGCGACGCCAUCGACCGUCAGUUCGCAAUAAAAGAAUGUUCAAUUUGUGCUAAAAAUGGUUGUGCCGGAUGCUUCAAAGAACGUGACAAUGGCUAGCAUUUUCGUUGUAAAGUUCAAGUAAUUUAGACACGUAAUGAAUCCUCAAUGUGGCUUAAGGUCCCACACGUAUCUCCAGUAUAAUUAAAGACCAUUUGUACAUGGUAAUCAGAUAAAGACCAUUUGUACAUGGUGCUCAGAUAAUUCAAUUACUAUGUACUAGAAGCACUGUUACUUCACUAAUUGUUCGCAGUCGGCCUAUAUGUUACUGGAAAUAGUGAGGGAUAAUACAUUGGCGUAAGCAAAUCGUUUUCAGUCUUUGCAAUAUUGACAUUUGAAACAAUAAGUUAUUCAGAUCUCGGAUAUAAAGAAGUUGGUUUAUCUAUAUGGAUAUAUAAGUGGAUCGUAAAUCUGUAUGAUGUUUGUGAAUGAAAGAGUUCAUUGUGAAAUAUACACCUUGGAUAAUGAACACCGAAAUAUCUACCAUCUUUUUCGAAAGUGUCAGUGGAGUUACCAGAGAUUACACACAUGGAUAUGGAUACUUAGAAAAUACGACGGGAAAUAUAUCUGCCACAAAUACAACUGCAGAAGAAGCACAUACCGCUCCUAAUGUCUUACAGAUAAUCGGAGUCACCAUUGUCGUGGGGUUCAUUUCCAUUAUAACAGUAGUUGGAAAUCUUUUGGUGAUAAUUGCCUUCAAGAUUGACAAGCAGCUGCAAACAAUUAGUAAUUGCUUUUUAUUGAGUCUGGCUGUAGCUGACUGCACAAUCGGACUAGUGUCAAUGCCCUUGUAUACACUUUAUCUGGUCAUGGGCUACUGGCCCCUUGGUCCGUUCUUUUGUGAUUUAUGGUUAUCAAUAGACUAUACCAUGAGUUCAGCAUCGGCAGCAAACCUACUUCUCAUAUGUUUUGACCGGUAUUUUUCCGUUACCCGGCCCUUAACGUACCGGGCUAAUCGAACCCCGCGAAAAGUUGGAAUCUUUAUAGGAUUUGUGUGGACGUUGUCUGUAUUUCUAUGGACACCGUGGAUAUUUGCAUGGCCUUAUAUUGAAGGCCAACGCACAGUGCCAGAUGAUGAGUGUUAUAUUCAGUUCUUGACCACAAAUGCCAUAUUGACUAUAAUCACAGCAGUAAUAGCUUUUUACAUUCCUAUUACAAUAAUGACUGUUUUAUAUUUUAAAAUUUACAAAGAAACAGAAAAACGACAAAAAAGAAUUCCAAUGUUGCAAGCUUCAUCGAAAUUGUUUAAAUCUGAUAUCAAAAGGUAUCGCCCACCGGACUAUAGGCGCUCAACCUAUAGCACAAACGGCGAUCUCUCCAUGGACGAUGACGAAUAUUUACGGGAAUUAUCACUUCGUUCACAUGACCAAAGAAGUCGAUGGCCACUUUUUUGUUGUAGCAAAUUACUUGACCGAGAUUACGUACAAACGGAAGAGGAUAGUACAAGUGACCCACCGACAUCACCUCACAGCGGCAACAUUACCCAUACUCCAUCGAGACAUCCAACUCAUAUUUUGACAAGAGAAUCAAAGUUCAUAAAGCAUGUUCGAACAGAUGAAAUUCAAUCACCAUCGUCAUGUGAUUCUAAUCGAUGUCAAUCAAUGGAUUCAAGAGAGGGAACCAGUGCAAAUACUGAUGUCCCAUGUAAACCUUUAUUGAAUGACGAAGUGACAUACACCAUCUUAAUUAACUUGCCAGGUGAAUUAGAGGAAGAAAGUGCAGGUAAACCGUCUAUUAGAUUAUUAUACGAUGAAGUACAAGACGAUAGCAGUUUUCAAGAUGCCGAUCAAGUCCCAAGUGAACAGUGCUCGAAUAUUGAUAAUGAAAUAUCACGUAUAUUUUCACACCAAGACUCAGAACAAUUCUUCGAUGAUGAUGAAGAAGAAGAAAUACAAAUGAUUGAAAACGAAUCCCAUCAGUUGUCCAGGACCCACACUGAAAGCUCCAUACCCCCUAGGUGUGGUACACCCGCCCUCGGUCGGCGGACCAAAUCCACAAAUGCGGAGAAAAACGCCACCGAGGCUCAUAUUGCCUGUCAGGUUGCGAAUAAAAUGGAAAGUCAACGAGUUCGCCGGAAACGCCAAGAGAGACGACAGGAACGAAAGGCGGCUAAGACACUGAGUGCUAUUUUAUUGGCCUUCAUUAUAACAUGGACUCCAUACAAUAUAUUCGCCGUCAUUGGUUCGUUUUGCCUCACAUGUAUUCCACCUACAGUGUAUGCUUUUGGGUAUUGGUUAUGUUACAUCAAUUCAACAGUCAACCCAUUCUGCUACGCCUUGUGCAACGCCAACUUUCGAAAGACGUUUUGGAAAAUUCUAACGUGUCGUUGCCGGUUGCUGUCCAACGGUCAUUCACAGAGGACCGCACAGUUGUCCCGACAAUCCGCACAGCAGGCGUGGUUCAGAAUAUCCAGAUCCUGACACAACUGCUAUAAUGUUACGGCAGUAACUCAUUUGAAAACAUUUGAACAUUCAUUUCAUUAUUGACCUCCCUUUAAUUGUUGCUUGUUUUGUGGUCGUAAGAAGCGAGAUAAAGACUAGUGUUUUUUUGUCUUCUGAUUGUUUUGGCUCGUUGUUUUCUGAACAAAAAUGUAAAAAUAUUGUCGUAGUCUUGACGUCGCUGUUGUUUACUUGUAAUUGGCCAUAACUCAAUCAUCGUUCAAGAUAUUAAAAUCAGGGGCGUAUCCAGGAUUUUACAUUAGUGGGGGGCAUUUUUUGGGGAUACUCCCCCAAAACAAUGUUAACACUUUCUGGUCCCAAAUGAUGCAUUUGAACGUAUUUUAUUGAUAUUUUUUCUUCUAUUUUGAAAAUAAAAAGUAAACUUGGGCGAUUUUAG